ACGGGAGGCGGGGAGAGAAGAAAGAGGAGAGUCGGAGCCAGAGAGGAAUGGAUGCCAGAUGAGGAGACUGAGGCUCGGAGGGCGUCGUGGCUCUGGAGAAGGCUGCGUGGCAAGAGGUGGUGGGUGAUGGCAUUUGGCGUCCUGAUGACUCUGUCCGUGGUGGCUGUCACCUGCUUCCUUGCACAGCAUCCAGCCAACAGCCUGGACCCUGGUCCCAAGGAGCCCCCGGGGAUAACCAGCGCCCCCAGUCCCCACAGCCAGCAGGCUCUGAGCCCCGGCCGCAGGCAGCAGGCAAGAAACCUGCCCAGGAAUUCCAUCCUGGUGUGCACAGAGGAGCAAGGCCAUGGAGGGAGAGUGGGCAGAAGCAGGCAGUCCCCAGGAGGAGAUGGCAGACAUCCAAGAAGGGGCAGGAGGGAUAUUACUCUGGCGUCUCUAAGAGAUUUGCAACUCAGUACCUGGCGUCAUGUGCUCCUGAGGGAGGAGGAGGUCAGGAGCCCUGGAGCCAAAGCCCUGGAUCCCCCCUGGCACGGCAGUCUCACUAGGGAGGUACAGAAUGGGACCAGCACCCUGGUCAACCCCCUAGCAGGGAGUGACAUGGCAGCUUUACAGGCUUGGAGAUCUACUGCUGGACAGACCACUUGGGCCUAUCCAGUGGAAGGCAGGGAUCUGUCAGGAGCUGGGAACAGGGACUUCACAGGUAGGCGACAAGCAGGAAGUCCCACUCCAGCUGCAGGGACUCGUCAAUGGCCUGGCUCUGUUGCGGAGCUGCAAGGAUCCAUCUGGUGUGAAGCUGAGACCCCUGGGCUGUCGACCAGCCUGAGGAUUGUUGGGCAGGUUCCCCCAUGGCUCACAGAGCAGGACAUGCAGACCCUCCGGCUGUUGGCACAUGGGGAGGUAGUAGGCAAAGCCAGGGUCCCCGGCCAUGGGCAGGUGCUGCAAGUCAGCUUCUCUGCGGAGGGUGCCCUUCAGGACGUGUCUCCUGGGCUCAGCCAGCUCUGCUCCCAGGGGCUCUGUGGUCUGAUCAAGAGGCCUGGGGACCUGUCCGAGGUCUUGUCCUUCCAUGUGGACCGUGUGCUGGGGCUUCACCGGAGCCUACCUGCGGUGGCCCGGAGCUUCCACAGCUCCCUGCUGCCCUACCGCUACACAGAUGGCAGCGCAAGGCCUGUCAUCUGGUGGGCACCCGAUGUGCGGCACCUGGGUGACCCGGAGGAUGACCAGAACUCUCUGGCCUUGGGCUGGCUGCAGUACCAGGCCCUGCUGGCCCGUGGCUGCAGCUGGCUGGGCCAGGCCCCAGGCCUAGGUAUCCAGCACACCGAGUGGGCACGUCUGGCACUCUUUGACUUCCUGCUGCAGUCACGGGCCCAGCUGGUCUCCUGUGGUGCUUCCAGCUUCCCUGCUCUGUGUCUCCGUGGCUGCUUUGUGGAAAGAGGAGAUGGAGCCUUGUGAUCCUCAUGGGCUUCAGCAUCAGAUGUACCUGGGCUUGAACCCCUUGCCCCAGGCUGCUCCCCACUGUAUGAAACUGAGCAGGUUACUUUGCUUGAGCUUCAUUGCUCUCACACCAUGGGGCUGGGUGUCCUUACAUCAUCCCCAUUUAAUGUGCAGCAGCUCCUAAUUGCCAGCACAUGCAUCUGCAGGUUUGCACUGGGCCCUGAGUCUGCCCUGCCCUGUGUGCGACAGGCUGGGUGCUUAGGAAUUAAUGCAAUCCAGAUAGUGGGACCAGACAUCUGGUUGGAAUGGAGGGGCUUCCCAGACCACAAGACUUAUAGUCCUGGGCAAACAGGGAAGGCUGGUCAUGCUACUUCCAGGAACAGCCUGCAGUGACUGAUAGGAGCUGGUGGUAAAAGGCUCAGCUCCCUGGCUGGGGUGGCUCCUUAAUGCCUGUGCUCUGUGUCUCUCAGAGUCCCUGCCAGGACUAAGUCUCCAUUACCCACCUGUUUACUUCCCUGAUCCCUGCUUGUGUUUUUGGAUUAGCUCACAAAUAAACUGCUUCCCCUUGAAUCUUUGUCUUAAGGUCUGUCUCUGGGGGAGCCUAGCCUAUGUCAGUGAUAACACUGCCCUUGUGUGGUUUCUGCAUGCAGCUCAUUUGUGUAAUGUACUUAAUAUGGUGCCUGGUAGGUGGUGUACACUUAGUAAUAAGCAGGCACUGUCCCAGUGCUUUAUAGGAAUUGACUCAUGCAAUCCUCACAGCAACUUUAUAAGUGAUACACUUCAUUUAUCCCUAUUUUAAAGUUGAGAAAUUGAGGCUCAGAGAGGUUAAGUUACUUGCCCAAGGUUGGCUGCUGGAGCCAAGACACUGCCUAGGUGGUCUGACUCCAGAGCCUGCCCUCUUUAUCACAGAGCCACCAUUAAGCUGGUCAUGAAUGAUGGCAGGAAAAAGGGACCUGUGAGGAUGCCCCGAGACCUUGUGAUCAGAAGCACCUCCUUGCAAAGCCCCAGACAGAGCCCCUCUGUCCAUCUUCUGGAGUUGUAGUGUGGGAUCCUUCCAAAGCCACCUCUUCCCUGGUUUGCUGAACAUCAGUCAAGUCAAACACCCUUGUCUGGCUGAUGCUGCCUUCCUAGAAGCCACUGGCAAGUUGGAGAGAGGCAGGGCUUCAGAAUGUGGGUUUCCCAGCCCCGGAACCCAAGGUGCCUCCUGCCUGGGGCCUGGGUGUGGUUUCCACUUGCAGCUUCUCUGUGGCAUGCUUGCUUGUUUGUUUUGUUUUAUCCAGUAUAAACCCUUGUUUUUGUGUUGUGUAUCACAGCAUAGUCACACACAUGUGCACACCAUUUACCCAGACACAAAAUAUACAAACACUGCACACAUACACAUUUAUUGUGCUCCCAAUAGAUCAUACCCCAUGCAUUGCAAAUCCCAUAUAACACUCUGUGUUAGUGAUUGCUAUAAUAAUGCUGCAUAACACACCUCUCCAAACUCUUUCAUAAAAGCUUAGAAUACCAGCUCCUUAUGUCUUGCUCCAAGGUUUGUGGUUCAGCUGGGCUGAACUGAGCUUGGCUCCCAGCAGUGGGUUGGUUCAGGUCUGCUUUUCAUUACCCACUGGACAGUGGAGCCUGGGCUGGGGACAACACUACUGUACAAACUCUCCUCAUAGGGAAUGGAGGGCACCCAAGAGCUCAGCUGAGCUGCACGUCUCAGGCCUCUGCCAGUGUCACUUCUGCUAGUAUUCUAUUGCCAGAGUGAGUCAAUGGCAAAGCCCAAUGUAAGGAAUGGAAAGUAGGCUCUGCCCAGAGAGGAAGGGGAAGAGAAGCAAAUAUUUGUUGGACAAUAUCCAAAUCAGCUACACGCCCCAAACACAGUACACUUAUGAACUUUAUAUGACCACACGUGCCAUAGUCACACAUAUGUGUGCACACGAUUCACAUGAACCAUACACCCGCAUACACUCUAUAUGGUUUCCAGACACUGCUGUGGGCUGCUGGGGCUCAAUCCUGCUAAGACCUUUGAGGGAGUGUGUAGAACAUGCAUCAGAUUAUCUCAUCCAAGGGCAAAGCAGCUGGGCUGCUAACCCACUAACCCCCAGUUGUCAUUGGCUGAGACUGCUUGUGAGGGUGGUGAGAUCCUGGUGCUGCAGCCUGCCCCACCAACCCCGCCUGCCCCGUGCUGGCCAGCCAAACACCAGGAGGUUGUGGUGGGAUACUAAUGGCAUCUGCUCCUCAGAAUGAAUGACAAGUCAGAAACGUCGGCAUUAUGGCAGCCCAGUACAAUCAGUGCAGCGCUCUCAAUUAACGAACUGGUUUCUUUAAGAAAGGUGAAGUACUGACAGUGAGUGGGUGCCCUCCCACCCCACCUGCUGCUGUGUCAUAGGAAGGAGUAAAACCAACAGAGAGCCCAUCGCUCCUGACUGGAUCAGUGAGAAACUGGUCUUACUCGGAUGGAUGCAUGAGUGAAUGAAUGAGCAAAUGAAUAGAUGCGUGAGUGAAUGAAUGAGCAAAUGAAUGGAUGCGUGAAUGAAUGAAUGAGCAAAUGAAUGGAUGAGAAAAUGAAUAUAUGAGCAAAUGAGUGUAUGAACUUUCUGGGUCUCUGUAUGACCUCCUGUCCAGGUGUUGCUGUGUUCUGAUUCCUUAAGUACCACUUCCUCUAGAUCAAAAAGAAUCUCAAGACUUUCUACAUUUUGUUAGGGGUCUCAAUAAAAUCACAGAGGUAGAAAACAACAUGGCAACCACUUGCUGAGCCCUUGUCUUCUGGUAGGAAUGAACUUUCAGGACAGGUGACAAUAUCUAACAUUGUCUGACCUCCUCCACAUCAGGCAUUGUUCCAGCAUUUUGCAUGUGUUAAUGCCUAACAGCCAUAGAAAGCAGACAGUACUCAGGUCCAUUCUACAGAUGAGGAAACUGAGGUCUAAGGACGCGCCCAUGGGCACAGCCUUAAGUGUCUCUGCUGGGAUGUAAUCCAGGUCAGUCUGGCCCGAGAGUACAUGGCGUUGGCACUCUUUACUGUACUUAACUGACUCUGGAAAAAUAAUUUCUUGAGUCUCUUCUGGGUGGUAUUUAUUCAUUCUCUUCCUGGGAAAUCCCUUUCAGUCAUUUGUGAACUUGUGUGCAUUCCUUAUUUUGAGUCAAAAUUUAUGGCUUCAGUCCAUGUGUUCCUCCUCUGGCUCAGUCUCCCUAGGACAUCAGGUGUUCCAUCAGUUAAUGAGGAGCCCAGAUCUGUUGCCAUAUGGGACACCUCUGGCUUCCAGCCAGAGACACUAAAUCUAAGAGUAGCUGCCCUCUAUGAUGUGCCUACACCUGUCUGCCUGAUACAAACCUCAUUUAACACAGGACCUCAUUUAAGUCCUGCAACAGACCCAGGAUAGGAGCUGCAUUCCUCCCCAUUUCACAGAUGGUGCAUCCAGCUAGAAAAGAGUGAUUCCUGGUUGGACAAUGGUAUUUAGAGGUGACAUUGAGCAUCUUUACAUAUAUUUAAGAGUGGGACCUCAAUUAGGGUGAGGUAUGAUGGGCAGAAUUUUAAGAUGGUCUCCCAAAUUUCCACCCCUAUAGCAUUUAGCCCACCCUUGAGUAUGGGUGGGACCUCUGAAUAUGGUGGAAUAUCACUGCUGUGAUAAGGUCACCAGUCAGUCAACCUUGAGUUAAUCAAAACGGAAUGUCCUGGGUGGGCCUGACUUUAUUAUGAGAGUCUUUCAAUGAAGAUGACACAGCUGAGAUAUUCCUGCUGGCAAAAAAGUAAACAGCCAUACUAUGAACUGCCUGUAGGAAAGGGGGCCUCUAGGAAGACCCUGAAGUCCCUGGAGACCUAGUUGUUCAACCGCAAGGAAUGCUUUCUGCCCAUAACUUGAAUGAGCUUAGGAGGAGCUACAGAUGAGAUGUAGCCAUGGCUGACACUGAGUUCAGCCUGGCAAGACCUGGAGCAGAGAACCUGGCAAAAAUUUGGUGGACUACUGACCCCCAGAAACUGUGAGGUAGUAAAUGUGUACUUUUAAGCCACUAAGCUCCUGGUGUUUGUUAUUCGGCAACAGAAAACAAAUUAAUCAGGCCAGGGAGUGGCCAUGGUGCACACACCGCAGGAGGCGCAUGCUCUCAGAGGGUGCGUGUGCCCCACCCACCCUGGUGGAGGCUGCGUCCCUCCGCUUCUCCAGCUCACCCUCGUCCAGUCUCUGUCUAGAUUUUUUUUUUGGUAUCAUUAAUCUACAAUUACAUAAGGAACAUUAUGUUUACUAGACU